CUCAGCUCCUACGAUAAACAUAUUCUUCGUGCAUUUGCUUGCAAGGUCCGAAGUCGAAGCACCGAAGAGGCAUUUAACAUGCUUCCAUCUGCAUUUCCUGAUAUCCAACUGCCGAGCUUGAAGCAGAUGAGGGCUCGUGUUGCUUUUCUUGCUGGGUUAUCACCUGCCCGGUAUGACUGUUGCAUCAAUUCAUGCUGUUGCUUCGUUGGGCCUAUUGAAGACCUCAAUAUGUGUCCGCACUGCUCAGCUCCCCAUCGCACACCAUCUGGUCAACCACAAAAACAGUUCACAUAUAUUCCCAUCAUUCCCCGUCUCGUAGCCCUCUAUGCCAAUCCACAAUCAGCUAUGGAGAUGAGAUAUCGCACACGUGGGCAUUCACAUCAGCCAGGAAACAUCACUGAUGUGUUUGAUGGCUCGUUAUAUCAAGAACUACUUUCCAAAAAAAGUGAGCAUCAAUGGCCACAAACUUGCACACAACCACUUUAG